CAGAACCCCGCGCAUGCGCGGCGCGAGACAAAAGGCAGCUUCCCCCCCUCCCCCCCAAUAAGCCCCGGUUAUAACGCGGCCGCCCCGCAUGGAGCCGGGCCCCGCGUCCCCGGCGGGGGCAGCCCCGCGCUGUAAGCGGGGCGGGCCCAGCAGCGGGGCGCUGCGCCGGGCCUACUCCAUCAAGGACAAGCUGCAAGCCAUCGAGCGCGUGAAGAAGGGCGAGCGCCAGGCCUCGGUGUGCCGCGACUUCGGCGUGCCCGGCGGCACGCUGCGCGGCUGGCUGAAGGACGAGGCCAAGCUGCGCUGGUUCCUGGACCAGCUGGGCGGCGAGGUGGGCACGCAGCGCAAGAAGAUGCGGCUGGCCAACGAGGAGGAGAUCGACCGCGCCGUCUACACCUGGUUCCUGGCCCUGCGGCAGCACGGCGUCCCGCUCUCCGGGCCCCUCAUCCAGGCGCAGGCCGAGGCCUUCGCCCGCCAGAUCUACGGCCCCGAGUGCACCUUCAAGGCCAGCCACGGCUGGUUCUGGCGCUGGCAGAAGCGCCACGGCAUCUCCAGCCAGCGCAUCUACGGCGGCGAGCCGCUCAAGGCCGAGCCCGAGCCGGCCGGCGACCCGCCCCCGCCGCCCUUGCCGCCCCCGCCGCCCGGCGACGGCUACGGGGACGAACAGAUCUACAACGCCAACGUCACCGGGCUCUACUGGAAGCUGCUGCCGGGCCGCGCCGGGCCGCCCCGCCGCCCGCCCGUGCGGGACCGCGUCACGGUGCUGCUGGCCGCCAACCUCACGGGCGCCCACAAGCUGAAGCCGCUGGUGGUGGGCGGCCUGCGGGACCCGCCCAGCCUGCGCCACCACAACCAGGACAAGUUCCCCGCCUGCUACCGCUACGGCCCCGAGGCCCGGCUGGGGCCGGCCCUGCUGCGGGCCUGGUUCUUCGAGGACUUCGUGCCGGGCGUCAAGCGCUACCUGCGCCGCAGCUGCUUGCAGCAGAAGGCCGUGCUGCUGCUCGGCUGCCCGCCCCCGCCGCCCGCCGCCGAGGACGCGCCGCAGCUGCAAACGCCCGACGGCGCCAUCCGGGCCCUCUUCCUCUCCAAGGCGCCGGCGGGGAGCGGCCGCAUCCCGGCCCCGCUGGAGCAGGGCGUGGUGUCGGCCUUCAAGCAGCUCUACAAGCGGGAGCUGCUGCGGCUGGCCGUGUCCUGCGCGGCCGGCGGCGGGGGCUCGGCGGCGGGGAGCGGCCCCCUGGACUUCGUGCGCUCCUUCCUGCUCAAGGACAUGCUGUACUUGGCCGGCCUGUCCUGGGACCUCAUCCCCGCCGGCUCCAUCGAGAAGUGCUGGCUGCUGGGGCUGCGCGCCGCCUUCGAGCCGCGGCCCGGCGAGGACGAGCAGGGUGAGGCGCUGGGGGCGGACGGCGGGGACAGCAAGGUCUUCAGCGACCUCACGCACUUGGCGGCGCUGGCCUACAAGCGCCUGGCCCCCGAGGAGGUGGCCGACUGGCUGCACCUGGACGACGCAGCCCUGGGCGCGGAGGGGGACGAUGGGGAGGAGGACGCGGGGGACGAGGGCCGCGGGGGGGAGGAAGAGGAGGAGGAGGAGGAAGGGGUGGCAGCAGGAGGUGGGGGCGCAGUUGAGAGCAACCAGGAAGGGGAGGGAGAGGGCCCCUUGCUGCCCACAGCCGGGGAAGCCAUCACGGGCCUGGAGACGGCCCUACGCUGGCUGGAGAGCCAGGACCCCCGGCAGGUGGGGCCCCUGAAGCUGGUGCAGCUCCGCUCCCUCAUCAGCAUGGCCCAGCGGCUGCGCCAGGGGGGCAGCCCAGACUCCUAAGGAGAGCGAGGGGCUGCGGCUGGUCAGCGACCGACUGCUUCACCGUGGGGCGGGGGGGGGGCGUUCAGCCCAAGCCCUACACUGCAACGGGACCAUCACGAGGGGGGAACCCCAUGUCUUGGGGCUCAUAAGGGGUGCUUACCUCUUUCCAAUGCAACCGCUCUUCUCCAGAGGGCUGGUGCUCACCCCACCAUCCCUGGGAGGGUCUGUUAUCUGCUACUGAGCAGGGCAAUCCCCUAUCCCAUAGCUGCUGCAAGGCACUGGAGGGCUAAUGCAUAACCCCAACUCCUGGGGGAAGGGAGAUGCAGGGUGCGGGGCGACCAACCCUCAUCUCCAAUGCUCCCACGAGGAAUGGGCGACUGGGGGGAAGGUUUCCUGGCCAUUGCUGAAGAGGCUGCCCUCGCUGCGCUUGGAAUUAAUCGGCAUUCCUGAGAAGGUUUCUGGGGCCUGGGUAUCCCAGGGCAGAAGGCUCCCUGCAGCUCCCAGCCGCCUGUCCCUCCUGCCAGCAGGACUCUGAGGACGGGGGCAUCUCACUGUGAAGGGAAGGGAACUCGCGUCGCUGCAAACCCAUCGGGAGAGACUUUGCAAACCGUGAAGGGUAGGGGGGAAGCAAGUGCUGGAUGAGGUCUAAGUGGCCCAUGCACAGCUGCACAGCUGGAGGGCAAUCGGGGUAGCCAUGGCCUCGCCACCCAGACAGUGGGCAUCAGCAGACUGCAGCUGCUGCAGUGGGCUGCCUUCGGGAGGGUGUCCUUCCUGCUGUGGAGGGCGCAGGUUAGGAAUGCCCUUCACAUGCAGAGUGGCAUUGCAGGGGGGACGGGGGGGUUGGGGCUGGUUUCAGUCCAUUUGUCUUUUACAUGCACUGGAUCCAGACUGGUACACUCUGGGCUGGGAUACACUAAUAAGCUACAGACCACCCUGAGUGUGGGACGAGGGUCUGACCUACCUUCCAAGGCUAUUUUAUUGUGUGUAUCAGGGCUCUGGGGGCUCUGAAGCCACGGAUGCUUAGGACCUUGCAAAGCAGGUGUUUUAAUUUUUAAAAGCCUUCGUAAAGCUGGACAGUUAGGUCUGGUGGAGAGAAGUCCCUGCCCCGCGAGCUGCAGGGCGCUUUGUAGACUCAUCCAAAACAAGGCAGCUUUCUGGUUUUGCCUCUGUUGAGGCAGCCUGGGUGAAAAGGAUGGGAAGAGCCCGUAAAUCUCUCUUGGAAAGGUAGAGACGCUUCUCCUUAGAAUCUCGUUGUGGUCCAGAAUGAGUUAUCGUCUGGCUAUUUAUUUAGCAGAAAAAAAAUACAAUUUGAAUUAGCAUUGAAUAACCCUACCUGAGUAGGUAGGAGGUGGGUAUUUGGACUUACGGAAGCUUUCAUCUCUGAGAUGGAUGGUUUCACAGGGUUUUUAAUUCCACCUUGGGUAUUUUUAUUUUUGUAAAUGGCCGCUCUGAUCCACCCCAAAAGCAAGAUGACUAGUGAGAUGCAUAGAUUUUCAGUCUGACCUGUCCUCUCCGAAAGGCACCGCAAAUACAAGCUUCCGCUUCUUACCCUUGAACUUCUGUGAUCCUCCGAAACGUAUUUAAGUAGGCGAAGUCAGCCAGUUGCCUAUGGGGGGAAAAACACUGUGGCUGCUCUGAGAAGGAAAAAAACAAACACAAACUGUCUCUUGAAUUGUGGUUCAACUUUUGCCUCUGAGCCCGUGAACGAAUACUGAGAUGUGUUUACAAAAUAAAGUUUUGAAAAAAUCUCAUCGAUCGAGACAAGAAAUGUUAAAUAAAUGUGUAGAGUUGCCUUAUA